CGCAGGUGUGGGUCCCACGGCAGGAGGUCAGUGCUGGUCUGGUUGCUUCCCAGAGGAGGCGCCGGCGGCAGCCCCAGGGGUUGCGACCUGUUGGGAGGUGGCCCCGGCCUCUUGCCACCGACACCCGCUCUCCGCACCCUGCCUCGGUGGGCCAGAGUCGAGGGCGCGGACACCGCCACUCCACUUCAGCCGACGUCCGCCCUGAGGAGCGGCACAGCAGCCUCGCGCCCCGGGAGCCCCCGAGUCCUCGGCCCCCGACCCACAGGAUGUCCAAGCAGGAUUUGAGCGUCACAGCAAAGCUCAUCAACGGAGGCGUGGCGGGGCUCGUGGGGGUGACCUGUGUGUUCCCCAUCGACUUGGCCAAGACGCGACUUCAGAACCAGCACGGGAUGGACACGUACAGAGGGAUGACGGACUGCCUGGUGAAGACGGCGAGGGCCGAGGGCUUCCUGGGCAUGUACCGAGGUGCCGCCGUGAACCUGGCGCUGGUCACCCCGGAGAAGGCCAUCAAGCUGGCGGCCAAUGACUUCCUGCGGCAGCUGCUCCUGGGAGACGGGACGCGGCGGAACCUGAGGAUGGAGAUGCUGGCGGGCUGCGGCGCGGGGAUGUGCCAGGUGGUGGUCACCUGCCCCAUGGAAAUGCUGAAGAUCCAGCUGCAGGACGCCGGGCGCCUGGCCUCCGGCCCUCGGGGCCCGGACUCGGCGCCUUCCUCCCCGCUGUCCGCUCAGAAGCGCCCGUCCGCCACCCUCAUUGCCCGGGAGCUGCUUCGCACCCGCGGCCUGGCUGGGCUCUACAGGGGCCUGGGGGCCACUCUCCUCAGGGACAUCCCGUUCUCCGUCAUCUACUUCCCUCUGUUUGCCAACCUGAACAACCUCGGGGUCAGCGAGCCGGUGGGGAAGGCCUCCUUUGCCCACUCCUUCGUGUCAGGCUGCGUGGCCGGUUCCGUGGCUGCUGUCGCUGUGACCCCCCUGGACGUUUUGAAAACGCGAAUCCAGACCCUCCAGAAAGGCCUGGGGGAGGACAGCUACAGCGGCAUCCGAGACUGUGCCAGGAAACUCUGGGCGCAGGAGGGGCCGUCCGCCUUCCUGAAGGGCGCGGGCUGCCGGGCGCUGGUCAUCGCUCCCCUCUUCGGCAUCGCCCAGGGCGUCUACUUCAUCGGCAUCGGCGAGCGGCUCCUCGGGUGCUUCGAGUAGACUUGGCUGGAGCGCCGUCCCACCCGGCCGUCUCCUGGCGCUGGUU